CUUGCUUGUACUAUAAAGCAGUCCGCAUCUCCGUCGCUCUGCUCUCUGCUCGAGUAAAGUCAGGGCUGAAUCACAAUCAGCUCAGUUGCGCUUGGAGAAUGAACACCGGGUGAUGCUUGAGAUUUUUCUUCUUCUUCCUCUCUUUUUUAAAUACAACACAUUUUGGCAGGCAGACUUUUGUCAAGGUUACAGAGCAAAUAUUAACUCCAACGCAAGUCUGUGUCUUCUUUUUCUGAAUCAAGUGACUCUUAAAUGGAAGGGGAAGAUAUGGAGUGAAAAAAUGAUUGAACCUCACUACGGGGACGAAUAGUGCUGGUAAACAGAGGUGAAAACGAACUGAAGGAACCUGCGAGUACAGUGGAUUGUUUCCCUUGAGGUAUUCCAUGACCAAGCUCAUAGAAGACAUCCGUCUGCCUCUCAGCAUACGCUCUGCUCCUUAUGAACUAAUCCCCAGGGCUCUCUGGCGGCUUCCAUAUCUCGCAAGUCUUUUUCCGAACUUGUCAUCCCGAUAUUUCAUUCAGUCUCCUCCAUACCCUCACUUUUUCAUUCAUGAUGCCAAACUUUUCCUUUUGAUGCCUCACUGCUUUCUUUUUCAUUGGAUACACUCACCUCAUAGUCUAGUCUCCAUUGUCAGCUUUUUGCACCUUGCACUUUCCUCUACUUUUCUCCUGUGCAUCUCCUGUGCAUCCCCCCCCCUUAUUUUCCUCUCCUCUUUCUCCGUCUCUGACUAUCCAUUUUUCACUCCUUUCUUGAGCCUGAGGGCACCCAGGACUCUGCAGCUGACACAUACUGCUCACCCUCGCUCCUAAUUGCCAUCUCUUCUCGACUUCAAUUUUUUUCCCCCAUUUCCCUCACGCUCAAACCGCCCGUCCUGUCACGAUGUACUCCUCCGAGGAACUCUGGAACUCCACCGAGCAGGUGUGGAUCAACGGCUCCAGGGCAAACUUCUCUCUAGGAAGACAAGGGGAUGACGAUGAUGAAGAGGAAGGGGAUCAGCACCCUUUCCUCACAGAUGCCUGGCUGGUCCCUCUCUUCUUUUCCCUUAUCAUGUUAGUCGGACUGGUGGGCAACUCUCUGGUUAUUUAUGUGAUUUCCAAGCACAGGCAGAUGAGGACGGCAACCAACUUUUACAUAGCAAACCUGGCAGCCACUGACAUCAUCUUCUUGGUGUGCUGCGUCCCCUUCACUGCCACCCUCUAUCCUCUCCCUGGAUGGAUCUUUGGCAACUUCAUGUGCAAAUUUGUUGCAUUCCUACAGCAGGUGACAGUCCAAGCCACCUGUAUCACUCUGACAGCUAUGAGUGGGGACCGCUGUUACGUCACUGUCUACCCUCUGAAAUCUCUCCGCCAUCGCACCCCAAGAGUAGCCAUGAUUGUCAGCAUCUGCAUUUGGAUUGGCUCCUUCAUCCUGUCCACCCCGAUUUUAAUGUACCAGCGUAUAGAGGAGGGUUAUUGGUACGGCCCGAGGCAGUACUGCAUGGAGAGAUUUCCCUCAAAGACACAUGAGAGGGCUUUCAUCCUCUACCAGUUCAUAGCUGCUUACCUGCUGCCUGUCCUCACUAUCUCAUUCUGCUACACUCUGAUGGUGAAGAGGGUGGGCCAGCCCACUGUGGAACCUGUAGAUAACAACUAUCAGGUCAACCUCCUGUCUGAGAGAACUAUCAGUAUCAGAAGCAAAGUCUCCAAGAUGGUUGUGGUAAUCGUCCUCCUAUUCGCCAUCUGCUGGGGUCCCAUUCAGAUCUUCGUCCUCUUCCAGUCUUUCUAUCCAAACUACCAGCCCAACUACGCCACAUACAAGAUCAAGACAUGGGCCAACUGCAUGUCCUACGCCAACUCUUCGGUCAACCCCAUAGUUUACGGUUUCAUGGGAGCCACCUUCCAAAAGUCCUUUAGGAAAACCUUCCCAUUUCUGUUCAAGCAUAAGGUCAGAGAUAGCAGCAUGGCUUCCAGGACUGCCAACGCUGAGAUCAAGUUUGUUGCUGCAGAGGAAGGCAACAAUAAUAAUGCAACAAAUUAAAUCUGGCAAUUCAAAAUUGCAAGAAUGGGAUUAUUGUUUGCAUCCAGAGCUAUCGCUGCAAGAAAAGACAAUAAAAUACUGAACAUUUUCCAGCCAUGGGUUCAGUGUGUGAAAGUCUUCAGAGAGCAACUGGCUGAUUUCAAAAGGACAGACUGUGUUUGGCAGACAUGUUUAAGUUAUGUUAAUAAAUACAACUGAUUAACCAAUUGACGAGGGGAAACAGAGACUCAUAAUACAGAUGGACACUAACAGUGUUUGGCACAAUAUAUUACCUGUUUGACUGCCAAGGCCAGGCACUAACAUCAUCUAUCGAGCUGCCAAACCCACUGCCAAAUAACACAGUCAGACAGUCGUUCACAUCGGGUGACGAAAGAGGAGAUUUGCCUGAAAGCUGCCGCCGGGAGUCCCAAUCCCUGUAAGAUCAUGGCUGACAGGGUCGUCAGCUUUGUUAUAAACUAUUCAGCAUUUGGACAGCUGAUGAUAUUAUGUAUUCUAUGACACAUGAGAAUAUGCUUUUUUGGAAAUGACUGAAGGCUGAAUGUGCAUUUUGAAUGGACAAUUAUUACUCUAGAACAGAUGCCUAUGGACAUGUUAUUCUUUCAUUUAUGUGGCUGACAUUUGUUCUUAUCACUGGAGAGGAGAAGGCAAGUUUAACUCUUUCUGUGCCUGUCAUUCUGGGAAGCAGUUAGUACUACACAAUUUCUUAAAGGAAGGUUUGACAUUUUGGAAAAUAAACCUUUUCGCUUUCUUGCAGAGUUACAUAAGAAUACUGUGACUGUUAACAUAUGGAGCUAAAGCCAGGAGGUUAUUAGGUUAGCUUAAGAUGAAGACUGGAACCAGGGGACACAGUUAGCCCAGCCCUAUCUAAAGUUAAAAAAUAAGCAAACCGUGAACUUUUGUUGCAUCUCUUUCCCUUAUUUCCAUUAAUUUUCCCUCAUUUUCCCGACAAAAAAACACAAACAACAAAACUCAGAUGCACACAGAUGAAACAAACAACAUAUGAGUCAGUUCAUUUCCAGGCAGAUUGUCAGUAGAAAAUGUUAGCAUUGUACGUUUGUAUGUUUGUCAUAUCACUGCUGACGCCGCACUGUGUUACAAUGUAUUGUUGUGUUAAAGAGGGAGCUAUGCAGGAAGGCAAAGCUCUCACUGUACCAAUCCACCUCUGUCCCAGCUCUCACCAGUGGUCAUGAGCAUUGGGUAGUGACCGAAAGAAUGAGACUGCAGAUAAAUGCAGUUGAAAUGAGUUUCCUCUGUAAGAUGGGGAGAGGGAUGUCUGGCGUAUCUUACUCAGCCUGCUGCCCCCAAAAACCAGGCCCUAGAUAAUGCAUGACUAAAUUGGAUGGAUGGAUGGAUGAACAUUUCUGCAAACUACAAAUAUGUUACUUUUGUGCAUGGUGGAUGGUGUGACACCUAGGCAAGAUGCCUGCCACGCUGCAGACAGCUGCAAAUCAUUGUUUGAGACUAACAAAAGACCAAACUUUUUUUUCUUUUAGCCAGUCAUCGCUGUGUUUCCAUCAGCGUUGCAGUCACCAAACAUGAGGGUUUUUAAGCGACCAGUACCCGUGUUUCCAAGGGGAUAGUGCCAAAAUAAGCAAUUGCAUUUCCUGCCGGGAUUAUUGUACCAAAACUGGGUAUUUUAAGCCAAAACGUGGUCUUUUUCUCACCAUAACCAAGUGGUUUUUGUGCUUAAACAUAACCUAAUGUUGAGCACAGCGUUGUUGAAAUGUAAAAAACAUAAAGUUUCAAAAUACCUUCUGUGUAAUAAGAUACAACUGUGAGCCUAUAUAUCUGUGGUUUGCAGGAACAUAAAAUGCCAACAUUUAUUCUAGCCAGUGAGUUACUAAUUUCUAGCCAGUGAGUUACUAAUUUCUCUUAUUUCCAGCCUGUAUGCUAAGAUAAAGUAAGCACCUCCUGGCUCCAGCUUUGUAUAUUUGAUGCAUUCAUGCCAUAUUGGAGUUACUGUAAUUAUGAGUUUCCAACUGCUAAAUAACGUUCACAAGAAAAACUGUGACUUUUUACACAAACAUGGAUGCCCCCUUGAUAAAAAGUCUGUCAUUGAACAUAGUUUAAACGAAACCAGUGCACAGAAUAUGACAGCAAAAAAGCGAAAAGGGACAUCUCCCAAACUGUCACAUAUCCUUAAAAAAACAGGCUGUAUUUUGAAGUUGUGGAUUUGUUGCAGGGUAGAUCUGCAGGAUGGAGCCCCUCUCCUUUCUCUGUUAAACUUGCCAAACAAUUAACCAAAACAUUUGUUGUCUAAGUUAUAUUUUCAUCCACGAUAUUGUGAGACAAGUUUUGAAAAUAACUCUUUGGUGUUUGUCUGAGGAUGUUUGUUGUUUCUUUUUUCACCACAUGUAACCUGAUGUGAAACAGUAUGCUCAAGAUAACACAGGGUUUAAGUUUCUGUUUGGUGAGAAUCCAAUGAAACAAAGCUGGCAUCCGAGUGAAUGUGAGUUUCUCUGCUGCCAAACGUGAUAAGUGGGAGUUGGCUGAAGCAGCGGUCACAACCGGUGAAGCAUGGACAGUGUUUAUCUUUCUUUUGUCUCCCACACAAAAACAUUCACACCUUCCUCAACACAUGUGCACGGUUUAGAAGCACGCACGCACAUACACAGGCUUGCACGUGUACUUUCACCAGGUGCAUCCAGGUGUUGUUUAUCAGAAUCAGUUGUCACACCUUUCAGGAAGAACACCCUUGUACGAUCUUGUCAGGUGGACUAAAUUCUAAACAGUGGAGGCGACCUGUGUGGCCUUUAGAGGAGAACAUGCUCAGGGAGCAGCUGUCUGGAGAUGGAAAUACAGCCAUUCUUUGUUAAUAUAUUUACAGAACCACUGCCAGCUCACCGCUUUUAGAUGCAGUCCUUUUCUAAACAUCCCACACAGUGACAUUCAAAAUCAGGACUUCAUAGAAAAUCUGCUAAUGCUAUUCUCAUUUGAAUUUUAGACACUGUGGGACUUGCUGUCAUCAAGGCUUCAUUUGAAUUACAUCAAAGUCUCUUGAAAGGAAAAUCAGAGCGCUGCUUUUGGCUGCCCUAAACAGGCAACUAAAAGCUCUCAUUAACUGAGGUAAUAUUUAAGCAUAUUUUGCAAACAGCAGAGGACAACUUUUAUCUAUGACCGCCAACAUGUUCAGUAAUAGGAACUAAUUACUGUUUUAGCACAGCAAAUACUUCCUAGCCACACAAAUCACCAUGACUUUCUUUGACUGAAAAAGACACCUUGACUUUAAUUUCAUUCAAAUUAGUUUCACAACUUUAGCAGGAAGUGAUAAGAGCUCCAUCUAUAAUUAUAAUCUUUGCCAAUGAAAGGAAAUGUCACUCAGUUUCAUCAGCACGGAAUAAAUGACAUGACAUGAAGGGUAUGAAGUGCGUCACAAACUUUAUUUAUGUAAGUGUUUCUGUGAAACAGGUCUUAACAUGAUGAUGCCAAUGAACGAUUGUUGCUUUUUAUUGUGUACUUAUCGUGCUGCAUUUCUUCCACAUAGAGUAAUGUGCAUCCAUUGGAACUGAUGUCAUCAAUAACAUGUAUGUCUCUUGCUUUUCAUUAAGUAUUCUCUUGUAUCUAGGCUUACUCUGACAUUGUGACUUUACUUCACGUCUGUUCUGGUUGUUUGGAAAUAUCUUCACUUACGCUUCACCCUCUAACAAUAAAACCAAGAGACCAUUAAA